AGAAAAAGGGCCAGCAACAAUGUGACAGACAACACAGCCCCUUCCACUGCUCUGCUCGCCGUAGUAGUGGAUAUCUCCUCAAUGAAGUGCGUGCUGAGGCGAUCCAAAGUGGUCCGCCUUCUCCGCGUGCAAACGAGCGAAAUGCACCGAUCAGCCGCACGAGCUCCAGCGGCAGUGGCACGAGCAGCAUCCCGCGAGGAGCAGCACAGUUUUUAGGGUGCUGUUAAAUCCCAGGCCAGACGGACAUGGAGGAAUAAUCUUGGUUUGGCUCAGGACUGACCUGAGGGCUACGGCCCGGGACACUGGUGUUUGGGCCUGUGCAUGUGAGACUGUGAUGAAGUCCAGCAUGAGGCAGUGGCGGCGGAUGGUGCUGGCGGCCAUGUUGGCGUGGGUGCUCCUCUUCCUGGGCCUGCUCUCGUACUUCCUGGACGCUUGGGUGGGGGAGCCGCUGACCUCUGCUGGCUCUUUACUGUCACAGCACCCCGAUGUCCGCCGCUUGGCCUCCAUACAGGCCGCCUUCACAGGCUUCAGACCUGAGCCUGUCACUGUGACAGCCCCGUACCAGGGAGAAGAGUCCCGACUAGGAACAGGCAACAGCUCCCCCACCCCUGAGUCCAGUGUGGAGGGAACACACAGCCCAAACAGCGCCCCCUAUGGAAGCCAAGAGGUCAGUCAACAGGAUUAUCUUGACCCCCAAAGUCUCGCUGCAUGGUCCUCUUUUGGUACAGAGAAUGUCGAUGGUCCUGGAGCGCACAGUCGAGACAGGACCACCCAACAGAACAUGGACUAUCAGAACAAUGUUAGUAAUGCUCACGAGGAAGAGGAGGAGGACGAAGAUCUUGACAAUAGACUGAGGACUACAGCUCGCCAAAGGGCUGGUGGAGACUCUAGAGAUUUGGAGGAGUACUACUUCUCCAAGUCCUUCUCAGUGGUGCAGCGUUUGUGGAGGGGCAAAGUGUCCUCUGGGAUGUUGAGCCCUCGGCUGCAGCGUGCCAUGAAGGACUAUGUGAAUGCCAACAAGCACCAUGUCGUGUAUAAGGGACAGCGUAGACCAGCCCAGAGCCCCAAAGAGCUGCUGUGUCAAAUCAAGACCCAGGCCAAACUCACCACUGUGGAUGGGUCCGAGGAGCCCUUCAGUUCUUUGGGAUGGAAGCGUCUGGUGCCUUCACGCCCUCUGGAGCAAUUGUACAGACGUGGAAGUCCAGACUCCUUUAAAACCUGUGCUGUAGUCACCUCCGCUGGUGCCAUCCUGCGCUCAGGGCUUGGCAGGGAGAUUGAUACGCACGAUGCAGUGUUACGGUUCAAUGCGGCACCGACAGAUGGAUAUGAGCGAGACGUAGGCAACAGGACCACUAUACGCAUCAUCAACUCACAGAUCUUGGCCAAUCCUCAACAUCGAUUCAACACCAGCUCUAUCUACAAAAAUGUCACAUUGGUGGCGUGGGAUCCAGCGCCCUACACCGUCGACCUGCAUAAGUGGUACGUCAACCCGGACUACAACCUGUUCGGCCCCUACACGGAGCACCGCAAGCUCCACCCAGACCAGCCCUUCUACAUCUUACACCCCAGCUUUGUGUGGCGUCUCUGGGAUGUGAUCCAGAGCAACACUAAAGAGAACAUCCAGCCCAAUCCCCCCUCGUCGGGUUUUAUAGGUAUCCUCCUGAUGAUGGCGCUGUGUGAAAAGGUGCAUGUCUAUGAGUACAUUCCGUCCAUGCGGCAAUCAGACCUUUGCCACUACCAUGAGCGCUACUUCGAUGCAGCUUGCACUCUGGGGGCCUACCACCCUCUGCUGUACGAGAAGAGCCUGAUACAGAGGCUCAACACUGGCCCAGAGAGCGACCUGCGUAGGAAGGGCAGGGUCACUCUGCCUGGGCUCAGCACCAUAGACUGUGGCGUCUGAAUACUGCAUUCCACACUCCCAGACGUCGCGCACUCUGGCCUGUGGGGGGGCUGAAGAAGGGCAUGGUGCAAAAAGGCCUGGAAUAUGCGGCUUACAUAAACAAAGUAAGCCAUAGGUUGUCCCACGAUGAGACAUUAACUGGACCAUGCUGUCAUCAUCAAGCUGUUUCCUGCACCAAUAGGACAAAGCAAUGGGAUGUAAAGAUGUUUCUGUGAUGCUUUAGCUGAGCCAACUUAGAUUUGGAGCUUAGGGUAGGACAAGUUUUUAGACUAUGAUAAGAGUGUGAUUUUAAUAAAUGCCAUGUUUUCUGAUUGUUACAGUGGAUGUAUUGGUUUGUUUUUUGUUUUUUUACAUACAGUACAAUCAUUACGUCAUCUCUGCUGAAUGUCUUAAGUACAUACACACUUUUAUAAGGAGGUGACUUCACUUUUUUUGCUGGAUUGUUAUUCCUGUGAUAUUUAAAACUAGCCUGGGGCAUGUCAGUCAAACACAUUUAUAGCGUUAGUUGAAUCAUUUGCCGUUGUUUUAGGGCACUGGUUUUCAUUAUGUAGUUUGCAAAAUGGGGCCAAAUAGUUUCAAAGAUCAACAAGUGCUCAGACCAGUGGACCACACUUGAACCCCAAAACAGUGGGGCCAGGAGUACGGCACUUGGGAUGACUUGCUAUGGGAGACCUGCUGUAUGGACCUCAGUGAUUUUAAUUGAUGGCCAGAUGACUUCAUUGAAUGUAAUUCCUGCCUGGUUCUUAGCGCACAGUCCCGAGCAUGUGUGUACCACUGCAGGGUCAUUCUUUAGCUAUGUAACAGCACGAAGCUCAUUUCCUACAGCGAUAACCUUUUAAUAUUGGUCUGUAGUGUCUUCAGCUCAGAGACGAGCCACUUGUUCAGUCUCUGGCAUAGACUGUAUGUAUAAUUCUUCUUUAUACAGUCUACGGUUGAACUUAUUGUCUUAUUUCUUAUUUUAUUUCUGUUUACAAGCAGUGCCACAUCUCCCGCUUGAAAGGUAAUGGUUGUGCAUGGAAGACAGAAUAAGUUUUUUUCAGUUUUGCAGAAAAUCAUCUUGUAUCAUACUUGUUGAGUCUUUUUUUAAGAUAUUUUCAUGGCUGUGCUGGUAAAGAGCGUAAAUAACGUAAUGGACAUGUCUUAUCUAUUAUAAUGUGCGGGAAAAGGAGGGACGUAGUUUUAAUAAAACAUAAAGUAUGUGUUAGUUGAACUAAAAUGCUUUUUGUUUAAUAUUAGACAACUAUAAGAACCAACACAAUAAUAGCAUUACUCCAAUUGUCUAUAGCUCUUAAUUAAAGUGAGACAUUAAAUGGAAUUGAUUCUGUUGUGUAAUUCAGUGAAUUAAACAUGAACUAAUCCUGGUACUUCAUCACAUUGAUGCAAGCUGAGCUAAAUCCUAUUUUAACAUGACUGCUCACUGAUUUGAACCUAACCGUGCUGUCUUUAAUCCUUAUUGAAGACUUGAAUCAUAGCUGUUUAUGAUGCCAUUCGUUAUAGAUGCAUUUAGUUGUAGAUGCAUAAGCUACUAAACAAUUUCCAUUCUAGUUUUAUGUGAUUUGUUUAUGUUUGGUUCAAUGAGUUUAAAAUAAAUGAUAACUGCAGUAAAAUGGGUAUUACGAAGAUCAACGAUGAAAUUCAGCGUUGACUUUUUGUUGAUUUUGUUUUGUUUGAACAGUGUGUUUUAGACUAUUGAGAAAUGAAAUCAUUGUUUUCUUGGUUGUGAUUGUAACACUGUAUAUUUUAUGUACAUUUAGAUGCUGACUUUCCAGUGCACACAGCAUGUCAGACUACAUUAGGGCUUAGAGUCUAAACUGUCUGCUGCUGUGCUACAGUGGUUACAGCUGAAGUCCUGAGCAUCUAGUGUGGGGCUCCUUGUUCCCUGGGAGCUCUUAAUAAAGUGCAACGCCUGAGGGAAGUCUUAUCUGUGCAUCUCAAUAUACUUGUGCCAAACUCCUUUUUAAUUGUGUCAUUUUGGAGAGCUUAAUGAGGGAUACAGUCUCAUCGCGAGACUCAUGGUGCUCUGACAAAGAGUAGAAUUUAUUAAACUUAUUGUAUGGGAAAAGGAAAAGUGACAAAAAAGUUAGGGGGGGGGGGGGGGUUGUUUUUUUAAUCAAAUCAUUUUCCGGACUUGAUUUUAUUCAGAAUUGUUGCAGUUGCCCGUAAGAACUGAAGACUCUUGUUUAUUUGACACUUCUGCUGUUGCGGUUUUAAAAUGUAUUGAACAGAGAGUGAUUAUCUCUGCCAUGCCUGAGUUUAUGACUUAACUCUUCUUAUAACACUUGAACUGUUAUUUAAAUAUUUGUAAACUGUAAGUGUCUUUUCUACUGUGUAAAUAAAGAUGUUGUCUUGU